UGUUCAGCUGAGUAAGUCUGACUAUAAGUUAGACUGAUUCAUUAUUAUAGGUGGAAUCAUUGUCGAUUUUUUGAGGAUGAGGUGUGUGUUGGCCGCACUCUGUGGGAUUGUACUUCUAACGCAGGUUAUUAUAACCGAUUCACAAGAAUCAGAUGAUUCAGCCAUUGGGUACUGUUCUCAGUUUGACUCGUGUGAUGGCUGCAUCAGCGGAGACCCGGCCCUCAACCUGACUCGAUGUGUCUGGCAAAGCUGUAAUGACGGAAAUGACACAAGAUGCAUGUCUGACACUGAAGACUCUGGAGGCUGCUCUGUCUACAAUGAGACCGGCAUGUGUCAAAAUGGUGGGUCCGCUGGUGGUGGAGGCAAAGAUAGCGCGAGCCCUGAGUUCUCUCAAGCAUCAUUUGACCUGUCCAGCUUCAUCGGGGGAAUCAUCCUGGUGUUGGUGUUGCAAGCUGGGGCUUUUUUUGCCAUGCGGUUCCUCAAAACAAAAGACAGUACCUAUGAAACUAUUGAUCCACCUCAGUGAGAAAAGGAGUCGUGAAUGAGAGAGAAAAUUACUAAACAAAACAUAAAGAGAAGCAGAUAUUCAAAGUGAUAGAUGUUGCAUUGGCGGGAAGUCUAUAGACACUAUUUUCUCUUUUUGAUGGUCCUAAAACAUUAUUAACCUUUUAAUUGCUUUGGUUAAAUUAUCACCAGUUCUUGAAUGACAAAAACUAUAUUUGUGCGUGUGUAUAUAAGAGAGAAAUAUGCAAAGAAAACAAUAUAGACGUGAUAUGAGAAAUACAUUAGAGGA